AUGGAUGUACCCCCUCAGUUGCAGUCCAUUGAUACACAGGUCAAUACUCUUGGUGAUGAAGAACUUCAAACUGUCAGUGCUGAUGAAGACAAUGAAGAACCUGUGCUUUCUUUUGAGGAUCAGCUCGAGGACAAGAUGGAGAAUGGAUUUGUUGGCAAAGACUUCAUAGGUCCAUCAUCAUCCACUGAAGCUAUGAUUAGGUGUCACCAAAAAGACUUCACAGAUUUCUCUGCCAAAUUGCAUGACCAACUCCUAUGUGUCUGUGGUUUCACCCCAGUCAACAAACUCACAAAGAAUUUUCAUUCCUCAUCUGGUUCUGACUCAGGUCUGUUCUUCAUUGUUGGCAAUCCCUUCGUCACACUUGUCCAUCUGAGUGACCACAUGACUUCAUUAGUGCUGGUUUGCUCCACAAGCAUCUAUGAAAAUAGUGCUGUGUGCAAUGACAUCCAUACCAAGACCCUGCAGGCAAAUGGGUCAAAGAUCAAGAUCUCUGGUAACAUCCUUGUGCUUGUCCCCUCUGAAUCAACUCUGAACUCAAGGUCCCCUGAUUUCGAGUUCAACCUGACAUGGAUUUGGACUGGUGCUUAUCUCAAAACUUCUUCUACUGUCCCUGGGCCCACCAUCACCACUCAGAAGCUGGUAGAAGUCACAGCAAUUGGAUCACUUGUUGAGCUUGUCAACCCCAGUGUUGUCUUGGCAUCUGCCCACCUUGCUGCUGAGAAGACCAAGGAGAUCAACUCUCAAGACCUUACAUGGUCACUCAAGAAUGAGGCCCUCAAGGUGGCAGUGGAUCUCAUUUGGAAAUGCAUGCUGGAGAUGAAGAUCCUGGUCUCAAACAUUGCCUUACUUUGA